AUGCGACAGGCGAACAUGAUUUACAAAAACUAUAUUCUCUACUUUUUUCUUAUAUUCGGUAAGCUUUCAGUUCUACAGAAUACGUUUUCUAAUAAUGCGUUUAGGAGCGGUGACGAAUAUUUAUUUGAUUGUACAGUUGAAACGUAUUCGGUUUUCCGAAAGUUCAGCAAAAAUCAGUUGUGACAUUGACGUGGAGAAUUUGAUGAGCUUGAUGCAAAGUUCAAGGCUUCAGGAGCACAAUUCGAUCGGGUUCGCUGAUGAAAAUGGACCUGUAAGUUAUAUUUUAAAAUAUUUUGCAAACAAUACUUUGUACAACUUUGUUUCCAGACAGUUUCACCACCAACCUUUGAGAAAACGGUUCAAACUUCGCUGUUUGCGUUUCCAGGAAGCAGUGGGCUUGGUGAGUAUUUUUUUAGCUUUGAAUUUAGGCAAAUAUAGUAUUAGCAGCAUCGCGCUGCUCAAAAUGGACCAUUUUUUAUUAGGGGAGGUACUGAAAGUAUUAUUUUAUAGGGAAUAAACUAUUCGAGCUGAUUGCUCUGCGUGGAAUCGCCGAUACCCUUCAAAGAACUCCAGUCAUCAAUGUGGUUCGGGGAGAUAUUGUGGAAUCGCUGUUUAACAGAAUCCAACCGAUAUUCCCGGCUGUUCUCGGUCAAUAUCAGCUGAGAAUCAUUCCGGUUAGUUCGAAAUAGAUCAUACACGUGGCAUAUUAUCUUCCACGGUCUCCAGAGCUGAAAAUAUGGGCGUCGCCUCGGCGACCAAAUGGCGUUUUCAUGAAAUGAGCAGGUUUUCUCUGAUUUUUGUGGUCAAAGGCGAUGAAAAAUGAUUGUUCGACAUGAAAACACACUAAUUCUGAGAAUUAAUAACGUUUUGGCGCAUUUUUCGCGGACUUUGCUUUUUCGCCUCGCCGCCUAAAAACCGCACUUCUCAUUUUGCGCUUUCUUGGUCGUUUUCCGACAGAAUUGGUUUUGAGAAUAAUAAAUCACGUAAAUACAAGCAUUUUGAGCGCUCGAACUGCGAAAAUUACCGAAAAGCAGCUGAAAUUCACGCAGUUUUAGCCAAAAACCUUCAAAUGGAUAAAUGUGAUUUGCGACUCUGGCAAAAAAACACAAAUUUUGCUGUUAAAAUUUGAAUUUCGCGCCAAUGUACCGCUCUAUUGGGCGGGGCGCACUUGCGCGCUCAUUGUCAGCUCUGGAGACCGUGUAUCUUUUUCUUUCAGUCCUCUGCAAUUACGCGCCAACAAGCCAACUUUGGUGCGUGUUGUAAAUUCGACGAUCCGUUCAAAUUUGUGAAUAAUUCCGCUGAACACUUAUUGCUGGACGGACACUAUUUUCAGGUACCUCCGAGUGAAAAACACCAAAACAAUAAAGAUAGUUUUCAGAGUUUCAAAUAUUUUUCCCAUCUCCGAUCACAUGUUCGUCAGUGGCUCACUCCGAACAAGUUGGCGUUUUUGAGAGCGGAAAUUCUGAUGCCGGCUUCGCAUCGAGAAGAUUUCAUGUAAGUUUUCAAGGUUUAUCAAAUAAUUCAAUAAGUCUGCAGAAUCUGUACGCAUGUGCGACGUGGCGACUUCCAAUCCGACGGAGUUCAUGAACCUUCAAGCGCCAAUUUUACAAGAUAUGCAACUGAUUAUCUGGUUGAAGAAUGUAAUAAUUCGAAUUAAAAUCAAAUCAUUUUGAAUUUCCAAAUUUUGCAGAUCAAAAGACUCACGAGCGUGUUACUGUAGUGGUGCUUGGAAAUGACAUCACUUUUGCCUAUACAGUUUUUGAAGGUACCUUUAGUUUCACGCAAUUCAUAAAUUCUAUAAAAACAUUUUCUUUUUUUUCAGAUAGAGCUGAACGAUUCUCAACACUCGAUUCUAAUGCAACUCUCUAUAACUACACCCUUCCAGAAUCUUCUCCAGAAUAUACGGUAGGUAAAUUUUCUUUAAUUUUUCCGUAAAUUUUUAGAAUUCAGGUAAUCCUCACUCCAACUCUUGAUCCUGAAAUCGAUCUGGCAUUCUCGAGAGCCUUCUGUGACGUCACACUUAUUACAGGUACAAAAAUUACAUUAAAAACAUUAGGGUGAAACGAUUGUUCGUUAAACUUUCAGCACCAUCGUCUACAUUUGGCUGGUGGAUUUCAUACCUCGCAAAACCGUCAGCUAUUUCCUAUUAUCGGGAUAUUGUCGAGUCAAAAGACGGGGUAAGUACAGUGAUCCAACAGUAAUUGUUUUCAAAUUCGAGUUUCAGGUCGCCCGGGAAAUGAAGGUAGAAGAUUUUUACCCGCCAAAUUGGAUAAAACUGGAAACCGAUCCUUCUGGAAGAAUUCGUAAAAGUUAUGUACAUUCGUUAUGA